UACCGCACUCCGUCAGCCAGUGCAGUUUAAAAAUAAGUUAAUAACGAAGGAGAUUCAAUGGAUUCAACAAUCUCUACCACAACAGCAAUUAACGCAAAUAAAAUUGAUGAAAUAUUAUCAAUAUCACCAACAACAGCAACAGCAGGAACAACAGGCAUUAAUGGCUCAUGUGAACGAGAAUGCCUUGUUGAUGAUGAGGAAGGAAUCGAAGGAGAAAAUCGACUAUUAAAAAGUUUACCAUUAUUUAUAAAUAAUUCGUUAAUUAGUGAUAAUGAGCAGAUUAGGAAGGAAAACGAUGAAAUUAUUAACGGAAACCAGGAACAAAGCAAUAAUAAAAAUCAUCAAACUCCAACAGCAACAAUAACCACCAUCAAUUCGUGCCAAUCGAAACCAAUUUAUAAUGAAUUUGUUAAUCAUGUUUAUGAGGCCAGUAACAGUAAAAACAACCACAAUAAUAAUAAUAGAUUAAAUAAUAAUGAUAAGGAAGAUGAGGAUGAGGACAUAAAGCCACUACUAAAAUCAAUUGUUAAGAGUAAUUCCGGUAAUUUGCGACCCUCUUUACCACUCAAUGGAACUGUAAAGACAAAGAGCAAACGAUUGAGUUGGCAAUCAUCUACGAAUCCUACCCGAUAUCAUCAAACAAACAACAAUAGUAAUAAUAAUAAUAAUCCAUUGGCUGUGCAAGACGGUGGAAAUACUCAAUCAACAUCGUUAGACUCAUCUGAUGAGCAGGCAACAGGACAGAAUGAAGAAAGUCCAUUAUCUCCAAUUACUAGCUCGUCGAGCUCAUCAUCAAGCUCUUCAGACGAUGACGAUGAAUUUUCUGAAGUUGUCUUUCAAGCACCCGAUGGUGGAUAUGGCUGGUUAAUUGUAUUCGUUAGCUUUUUAAUAAACAUGAUUGCGGACGGCAUAACAUUCUCAUUUGGUGUGUUUAAUGUGGAAUUUCUAAAGUACUUUGGUGACUCAAAAGGAAAGACAGCAUGGAUUAGUUCAAUAUUUAUGGCAACGCCUUUACUAAGUGGUCCAAUUGCAUCUUAUUUAACUGAUCGAUAUGGAUGUCGUAAAGUAACAAUUGUUGGUGCUAUAACAGCAUCGAUUGGAUUCCUCUUAUCGGCUGCCUCAAAUUCUAUGGAAAUGUUAUUUGUAACAUUUGGAAUAAUUGCCGGUUUUGGACUGAGUUUAUGCUACGUUGCAGCUGUUGUCAUUGUCGCAUAUUAUUUUGACAAAAAACGUAGUUUUGCUACAGGCAUAAGUGUUUGCGGAAGUGGAAUUGGAACAUUUUUAUUUCCACCAUUGAUACAAUAUCUAAUUACGCAUUAUGGCUGGCGUGGAUGUACAGUAUUAUUGGCUGGAAUUUUACUCAACAUGUGUGUCUGUGGUGCUUUAAUGAGAGAUCUCGAAUGGACAUCACAUCGUGCGAGACAGAAACGAAAACAUCAAAAGCAAUUAAAGGAGAACGGCAACUCAUCGUACGACUCAUUCUCAAUUACGAAUAGUACAAAUACAGGUGGACCGGGCUUUGAAGGACCCAAUGAUAAUGGCGUAGAUACAAGCAUGAUAGAAGCCUUUGCUCAAGAGGAUCCACAUCUCUUUAGCUCAUUAGUUAAUUUGCCGACAUUUGUUAAGAACGGCGAAAAGAUUCCAUUCGGUGUAUUAGAGCAGCUAGCGAAGAACCGAAACUUCCACGAUGUCCUCCUUCACAAUUAUCCACAUUUACUGACAACGAGAAGUUUAAGUGCAAGUGAUCAAAUUACAACAUCUAAUGAUCCAGCAAUAAACAUGAUUGUGUCACCAACAACUAUGACAAUGGCAAGUAAUCAUCAAAAUAAGAAGCAUCGUCAUACGAUACAAAUUGGCGAGUCGGAAACAGAUGUGGCUGAUAAAUGGCUAAGACACCAUGAACAUCAUCAUCAUCAUCAACAUCAUCGUCAUGUUAUGGAUAUAUUGAAGGAUUUAAGGAUACACCGACAUUCACUUACUUAUCGUGGUGCUAUGCUCAACAUUAAUAAGUAUCGAUUACGUGCAAGCUCCUGUCCUGAUAUAUAUCGUAAUUCAAUGACAACAAUUGCUUCGGAUACGACAUCGACCGCACAGCAAAUGUUUACGGAAUUCAAGAAACUUUUCAAGGACAUUCUCGACUUUAGUUACUUCCUUGAUAGUCAAUUCUUAUUAUUUGCCAUUUCAAAUUUCAUACUGUACACAUGGUAUGAUGUUGUUUACGUUUAUUUGCCGGAUUUUGCAUUAGAAAAUAAUGUUCAAGAUACGGAUGCGAGCAUGCUUAUUAGUUUAAUUGGAAUCCUAAAUAUGUUUGGAGAAAUUGCACUUGGAUGGGCUGGAGAUCGUGAAGAGAUAAAUGCUAAUAUCGUAUAUGCAAUUUGUAUGGGUCUGUGCGGUGUUUCUGUUGUUUUAAUUCCAUUCUUUACAUCAUAUACUUGGAUGUCCAUCCUUUCCGGAGCAUUUGGAUUGUUUAUAGCAGCAAAUUAUUCAUUAACGAGCAUAAUUUUAGUUAAUUUAGUUGAUCUCGAUAGAUUUACAAAUGCCUAUGGAUUGCUUUUGUUGGUACAAGGAAUCGCCAACUUAGUGGGACCUCCAAUCGCUGGAAUGGCGAGUGAUAUAACUGGAACUUAUAAUUUGUCAUUUUUCCUUGCUGGAGGAUUUAUAAUCAUGUCUGGCGCACUUCUUAUGGUUCUUCCCAUUUUGAAGCGAUACAAGAAAUUCCAAAGAAGACGAAAAGAAUCGAGAGCUGAAGUGAUUAGUAACGGUGAUGUCAAUGAGAAUUCAAAAAUGAACGGUGGUGUUUGUGUCUAAACUUCAUCACAGAACAGACUUAUUGCUUUCCGGACUAUCUGAUUCGUGAAAAAAGACAGUUUUUGACUUCCUGGUUCAAACCAAAGUAUAGUAAAACAAUUAAAUUGAAACAAAAAAAAAGAGUUUUCAAGACGAUUAUUAUUUUUUGCUGCAAAAAAUAAGAAAACAGUUUCUUCAUCUUAG